CGCGCCCCCGCGGGUCCCGGCGUGAGGAGACUCGGCGGCUGGAGCCGUCACCCCGGGCGGGGACCCUGCGCAGGCUACUACGCGCGGCGGCCCGGCCGAGGGAGGGAGCGAGCGAGCGGGCGGGCGGCGGCGGCGGCGGCGGCUGGCGCCCGAGGGGCCGAGCGAGGUUGCAAACCAUGGCUGUGUGGAUACAAGCCCAGCAGCUCCAAGGCGAUGCCCUUCAUCAGAUGCAAGCAUUAUAUGGUCAGCAUUUCCCCAUUGAGGUGCGACAUUAUUUAUCCCAGUGGAUUGAAAGCCAAGCUUGGGACUCAAUAGAUCUUGAUAAUCCACAGGAGAACAUUAAGGCCACCCAGCUCCUGGAGGGCCUGGUGCAGGAGCUGCAGAAGAAGGCGGAGCACCAAGUGGGGGAAGAUGGGUUCUUACUGAAGAUCAAGCUGGGGCACUAUGCCACGCAGCUCCAGAACACAUAUGACCGCUGCCCCAUGGAGCUGGUCCGCUGCAUCCGGCAUAUUCUGUACAACGAGCAGAGGCUGGUCCGCGAAGCCAACAAUGGUACUUCUCCAGUUGGAAGUCUUGCUGACACCAUGUCCCAGAAACACCUCCAGAUCAACCAGACGUUUGAGGAGCUGCGACUGGUCACACAGGACACAGAGAAUGAGCUGAAGAAGCUGCAGCAGACUCAAGAGUACUUCAUCAUCCAGUAUCAGGAGAGCCUGAGGAUCCAGGCUCAGUUUGCCCAGCUGGCCCAGCUGAAUCCACAGGAGCGCCUGAGCCGGGAGACGGCCCUCCAGCAGAAGCAAGUGUCCCUGGAGGCCUGGCUGCAGCGGGAGGCCCAGACGCUGCAGCAGUACCGUGUGGUGAGUGGGAUCCGCGUCCUCUCCUCCCAAGCCUUGAGGUGCACAUCCCAAGGGGCGCGGGGAAGCCGAGAGAGGGCUAGAGCCAGGAAGAGAGCAGGACCCAGCAGAGCUGGAGGCCAGAUCGUUCUCUUCCGUGGGGGGCAUGUGGGCAGAGCAGGUUGGGAAGAGGGGAAGGCCUGGGCCUGGGGCCUGGUCCCUGGCCCCCAGCCCUGCCUCCCGCGGCCUGCAGUUGGGCGUGUUCUCCCCACUUGCCUUCAGGAGCUGGCCGAGAAGCACCAGAAGACCUUGCAGCUGCUGCGGAAGCAGCAGACCAUCAUUCUGGAUGAUGAACUGAUCCAGUGGAAGCGGCGGCAGCAGCUGGCGGGGAACGGAGGGCCCCCCGAGGGCAGCCUGGAUGUGCUGCAGUCCUGGUGCGAAAAGUUGGCCGAGAUCAUCUGGCAGAACCGGCAGCAGAUCCGCAGAGCUGAGCACCUCUGCCAGCAGCUGCCCAUCCCUGGCCCAGUGGAGGAGAUGCUAGCUGAGGUCAAUGCCACCAUCACAGACAUCAUCUCAGCCCUGGUGACCAGCACAUUCAUCAUCGAGAAGCAGCCCCCUCAGGUCCUGAAGACCCAGACCAAGUUUGCAGCGACGGUGCGCCUGCUGGUGGGCGGGAAGCUGAACGUGCACAUGAACCCCCCCCAGGUGAAGGCCACCAUCAUCAGUGAGCAGCAGGCCAAGUCACUGCUCAAGAAUGAGAAUACCCGCAACGACUACAGUGGAGAGAUCCUGAACAACUGCUGUGUGAUGGAAUACCACCAAGCCACCGGCACCCUGAGCGCGCACUUCAGGAACAUGUCCUUGAAGCGAAUUAAGAGGUCUGACCGUCGUGGAGCAGAGUCAGUGACUGAAGAAAAAUUUACAAUCCUGUUCGAAUCACAGUUCAGUGUUGGUGGAAAUGAGCUGGUUUUUCAGGUCAAGACUCUCUCCCUCCCGGUGGUGGUGAUUGUCCAUGGCAGCCAGGACAACAAUGCGACGGCCACUGUUCUUUGGGACAAUGCUUUUGCAGAGCCUGGCAGGGUGCCAUUUGCCGUGCCCGACAAAGUGCUGUGGCCGCAGCUGUGUGAGGCGCUCAACAUGAAAUUCAAGGCCGAAGUGCAGAGCAACCGGGGCCUGACCAAGGAGAACCUCGUGUUCCUGGCACAGAAACUGUUCAACAGCAGCAGCAGCCACCUUGAAGACUAUAAUGGCAUGUCCGUGUCCUGGUCCCAGUUCAACAGGGAGAAUUUGCCAGGACGAAAUUACACUUUCUGGCAGUGGUUUGAUGGUGUGAUGGAAGUGUUAAAAAAACAUCUCAAGCCUCAUUGGAAUGAUGGGGCCAUUUUGGGUUUCGUGAACAAGCAACAGGCCCAUGACCUACUCAUUAACAAGCCUGAUGGGACCUUCUUGCUGAGAUUCAGCGACUCUGAAAUCGGUGGCAUCACCAUUGCUUGGAAGUUUGAUUCUCAGGAAAGAAUGUUUUGGAAUCUGAUGCCUUUUACCACCAGAGACUUCUCCAUCCGGUCCCUGGCUGACCGCUUAGGGGACCUGAAUUACCUUAUCUACGUAUUUCCUGAUCGGCCAAAAGAUGAAGUGUACUCCAAAUACUACACACCAGUUCCAUGCGAGCCUGCCACUGCUAAAGCGGCGGACGGAUACGUGAAGCCACAGAUCAAGCAAGUGGUCCCUGAGUUUGUGAAUGCGUCUGCAGACUCUGCCGGGGCCAACGCCACCUACAUGGACCAGGCCCCCUCCCCAGCCGUGUGCCCCCAGGCUCAUUAUAACAUGUACCCACAGAACCCUGACCCCGUCCUUGACAAUGAUGGGGACUUUGAUCUGGAUGACACAAUGGAUGUGGCGCGGCGUGUGGAAGAGCUCUUGGGCCGACCUAUGGACAGUCAGUGGAUCCCUCACGCGCAGUCAUGACGCCCCCAUCUCCAUCUUUAGCUUCUUCGUCCUCGCCAGAGGAGUUACUCUUGUGGAUGUUUUAAUUCCAUGAAUCGCUUCUCUUUGGAAACAAUACUCAUAAUGUGAAGUGUUAAUACUAGUUGUGACUUUAGUGUUUCUGUGCAUGGUGGCACCAGUGAAGGGAACGUGUGUGAGUGUGUGAGUGUGAGGGUGUGUGGGUGUGUGUGUGGGUGAGUUUUCACAUUGGGCUGUUUCUCCCCCUUGCUGUCCAGAGUUUAGUUGCAGCACUGGGGCCAUAAACAGUGGCUGUGGUUGUUUUAACCUUGUGUAAAAGGCAGUAGUUCCGUGAACCCUGGAAUUUGGCCAUGUGUCCAGAGGGUGGCUGAACUUUGACAUGUGGCUGUUCAAGUCAGAGAAGGACAAAGGGAGGAGAAAGCACCUCUCCUGUGAGAUUUGUCACUGUGUCUGCAAAGCAAUUGAUAUAUAACCGUGAUUGUCUCUGCUUUCCUCUGAAAUGUACAAAUUGCCUUUUGAAAAAGAAAGCCGUCCUCCCUCCUUCCCUCUCCCUGACUCCCAUUUUCCUGGGCAGGGAUGGGAAAAAGCGGGGAUAUACAGUGAUUGUUGGGGCAAGGGAAGUCACGGGUUGUCUGAUGGGUAGUUGCUUUUUAAGUAACACUGAACCCGUCUACAUGUUCUCUCCUUCCCCCUCCUUCCAUCCACUGUGUGAAUUGCCCCUCAGUUCUGUGUGUGUGCACAUGCGCAGACACGUUUGAUGAACCAGAGAAAAGAAAAGAGGGUCACAUAACCGCAGCUUACAGUGCUGAUGUCCUUUGUGUCGCAGCCAGAGUGGAAGGCCAGGCUGUGACCCACAGGCGCUGAGAAAGCUGCCUUGCCACCCGGGGCAGCUGCCCUCUGGUCUGCCCGUCCUUCCGCCCGAGCACGGCUACCCCACGGCUUACUGAUGGUGGCCACUCGCACAGGCUGACUGGUGUUUUGUUUCUAAAUCGGGACUUCUUGUUUUGCUCUUCCCAGCGUAAUCUGAUAUCACAGCCCUUUCUUCCUGUGGCAGGUCCUGUGCCAUUCACACCCAGGUCACCUCGAUUCCCUUCACUGUCCACACGGGCCAUCUCAGGGAGGGGCCGGUGGGGGUGCAGUUCGAACCCGGGGCCAGCGUGCUCAGCGACGUGGUUGCCCACUUGGUACGGGCCACUGGGUGUCAGCGUUGGUAAUCUGGGGCAACACAGUCAGUGGGUUUCCUAGGAAGUUUGGUAAGCUGCAGAAACCAAACAAAACAGCUUCAGUACAACGUCCAUGAUUUCUUCCAUAGCUUUACCCCAGAAGGAAGGAACGGUCUAUCGCAGUCAGGUGGGAAGAGGGGGAAGCAGGUAUAGCUUUCGGGGUAGGCCUAAAGGUCACUCACCCCCGGCCCCCUUCUCCAAAAGAAGGAAUGACCACACCAGGAGAGAAUGGCCCUAAAAACCUUAUUUUUAUACAUGUGAGUAAAUAAACAUAUUUUUUUUACAAAAAUGACUUCUGAAUUUAUCAGUGUUUUGAUGUUAAAGGAAAAUAUUUCUCUGUAGUAAAUUAUUUAUUGGAAGAUGACUUUUUAAAAGCUGCUGUUUGCCCUGGCUUGGUUUCAUACACUGAUUUAUUUUUCUAUGCCAGGCAGUAGAAUCUCUCUGCCUCUGAGGAGCAGGCCAACCCUUCCAUGAUACCAGCAGUGACAUAGGAUGUCGCUAAGCCCUUUACAUACCCCUCAAGAUUUGAUUAAAAUUCCACCCAUGAGGAUGAGUGUUGGGGAAGCGGGAGGAGGAGGCCUGACCGCUCUCGGACCCAGUCAGAAAGAGCCCUUCCCUGCCUGCCCCUUGGACUUCACCAGCACCGGCCCCUGAGUGCCCUGAGUGCCGUGGCAGGCCGGCCGGGAGCUCAGCGGCCCCGACGGGGCGGGACUGACAUACUUUCACGUUGGCAGGGACCCAGCCCCAGGGUGUGCUGUGGGCAGAGCUUGUCCUUGACGGUUGGCACUGGAGAUUGGGGGGACAGGAGACGAAGAGCGUGGCUGCCCCGAGCAGAGGGGUCCCAUGCUGGUACGGUCGCUGACCUGUCCUCCGUUUUCCUGAGGCUGCGCCGAUAGAUGGGAGAGAUGUUUGACUGAAAGGUAUGCUCGCUAUCUGCGUUGUGUUUUCUCUUUUCUCCCUGUUCCUGCAAACCACAAAAGAGGCAGUGGCAAGUCUUGACCUCCUCUGCCUCUCACUCACCCCCAGACACGCACACACAUAAGUCAUCAAAUGUUUCAAUGUGUGGUAUGUGCCGGGUUUUUGUAGGGGGGUGGGGAGACUAAAAGUGAAUAGAACUUAAAGUGGAAGUAUACUUUUUAUAAUUUUUCUUUUUAAAACUUUGUGAAAUUAUUUCAGAUACAUAUUUUAGUGUUGAGGCAGAUUAGUAUGUAGCCACCAAAAAAGUAUUGUGUACAAUCUGGGGCAGUCACAAAAUUGUGUAUUUUAUGUUACAAUAAAGGCUUCCUCUGAAGGGACAA